GGAAGCAGUGCUAGUUUGCCUCCGGCCAUGGGCAAUUGCUUCGGCUCCGACGUCCCCGAGGUGGAGGCCGUCAAGGCAAUGGCCCAUCAUGCGCACGCACACCCCCAAGUGGCAAUGGCGAGGCGCGUCAUGGCCGCGUCCAGUGUCCACGCCGCGACGAGCCCAGGGAUGCCCGGUAAGUCGCCGCCGAGCGCGGCCACGACCACCGGUGGUAGUGGCAGCAGGCGCCCGGCGGGUGCAGGCGCGCCGAACGGCGGCAGCGAGGCCUGCACGGAGGGGAGGAUCCUGGAAGCGCCCAACCUCCGGGUCUUCACGUUCGCGGAGCUCAGGGCCGCCACCAGGAACUUCAAGACGGACACCGUCCUCGGCGAGGGCGGGUUCGGGCGGGUGCACAAGGGCUGGGUCGACGAGAGGACCAUGAGCCCCGCGCGGAACGGUGCCGGCAUGCCGGUCGCCGUCAAGAAGCUCAACCCAGAGAGCUUGCAGGGCGUGCAGGAAUGGCAGUCCGAGGUGAAUUUCCUGGGAAGGCUUUCGCAUCCCAAUCUGGUGAGGCUGUUGGGGUACUGCUGGGAGGACAAGGAGCUCCUGCUGGUGUACGAGUACAUGGCCAAAGGCAGCCUGGAGAACCACCUCUUCAGAAGCGAGCCACGCAAGGGCGGCGGAGCCGUGCAGCCACUGUCGUGGAGCCUCCGACUGCGCAUUGCGAUCGGCGCGGCCCGCGGGCUGGCCUUCCUGCACUCGUCGGAGAAGCACGUCAUCUACAGGGACUUCAAGGCCUCAAACAUCCUCCUCGACACGCACUUCAACGCCAAGCUCUCCGAUUUCGGCCUCGCCAAGGACGGCCCCGCCGGCGGCAGCAGUCACGUUACCACCCGCGUCAUGGGCACCUACGGCUACGCGGCCCCGGAGUACGUCGCGACAGGUCACCUGUACGUGAAGAGCGACGUGUACGGGUUCGGUGUGGUGCUGCUCGAGAUCCUUACCGGCCUACGCGCGCUGGACACGGACCGGCCGACGGCGCAACACAACCUUGUGGACUGGGCCAAGCCGUACCUGGCGGACCGGCGGAAGCUGGCGCGUCUGAUUGACCCGCGGCUCGAGGGGCAGUACUCGUCCAAGGGCGUUCAGCGCGCGGCGCAGCUGACGCUGCGGUGCCUCGCCGCCGACCACAAGAACCGGCCCUCCACGAAGGAAGUCGUCGCGGUGCUCGAGGAGAUCGAGUCCAUGUCCAGGACCACAACAAGGCUGGAGGGCUCGGCGUCCCCGCGCCCCACGGCGCGGAACGGUCACAGUAAACGGCCCGGCUCGGGCUCAGGCUUGGACUGGGCUGGCCCUGCCGGUGGCCACCGCAGCCACCCGUCUCCUAGAGUAAGAUAA